CACACCCAAUAAAUGCAUCGCUUUCCCGGAUCUAAACCUUCUGCCGAUCUGAUCAAAUUCGUCUCUCUUCUCCACUUCUCUUCUCCACUAGAUCGGAUGUGAAACCCUACCCAUUUCCCCGGUCAGUGAUUGUACUCUCCUACUCCGACCCAAAGCCCCGGAUCAGAGAUCCCAAAUGGGUAACUGCUGCCGCUCGCCGGCGGCCGUCGCCCGCGAGGACGUCAAGACGCACUUCCCUGGCGCUCACCAUGACCACGGCGGGCCUGCCUCCGGAAAGAAUCACCACCGCAACCAGAACGGCGUCGGAGGCGCCCAGUCCAAGCGCCUGACGGUGCUCUGCAGCGACACCAAGUCGGUGGGAGCUAUCGAGGAGAAGUACGCGCUGGACCGCGAGCUUGGACGCGGGGAGUUCGGGGUCACCUACCUGUGCAUGGACCGGGACACCAGGGAGCUGCUCGCUUGCAAGUCGAUAUCGAAGCGGAAGCUGCGGACGUCGGUUGACGUGGAGGACGUGCGGCGGGAGGUGACCAUAAUGCGACACCUGCCCAGGAGCCCCAGCAUCGUGAGCCUGCGGGAGGCGCUGGAGGACGACGGCGCCGUGCAUCUGGUGAUGGAGCUGUGCGAGGGCGGGGAGCUGUUCGACCGCAUCGUGGCGCGGGGACACUACUCGGAGCGCGCAGCGGCCGUGGUCAUGAGGACGAUCGUCGAGGUCGUGCAGCUGUGCCAUAAGCAUGGUGUUAUCCAUCGCGAUCUCAAACCAGAAAAUUUUCUGUUCGCCAACAAGAAGGAGAAUUCGCCGCUGAAAGCGAUCGACUUUGGGCUCUCUAUUUUUUUCAAGACUGGCGAAAUUUUUUCUGAGAUUGUUGGUAGCCCAUAUUAUAUGGCACCUGAAGUUCUAAAAAGGAAUUAUGGACCAGAAAUUGAUAUAUGGAGUGCUGGAGUUAUUCUGUAUAUCCUUCUUUGUGGAGUUCCACCAUUCUGGGCUGAAACUGAACAAGGAGUUGCACAAGCCAUUCUUAAGGGGGCCAUAGAUUUCACGCGUGAUCCCUGGCCCAAUGUUUCAGAAAGUGCCAAGAAUUUGGUUCAGCAGAUGUUAGAACCUGAACCCAAGCUUCGGUUAACUGCAAAGCAAGUGCUUGAACAUUCUUGGCUUCAAAAUGCUAAGAAAGCACCAAAUGUACCCCUUGGUGAUGUUGUCAAGUCCAGACUCAAACAGUUCUCAAGAAUGAAUAGAUUUAAAAGGAGAGCUUUGAGGGUUAUUGCUGAUCAUUUGUCUACUGAAGAAGUUGAAGAUAUUAAAGAGAUGUUCCGGAUGAUGGAUACUGACAAUGAUGGCAUUGUUUCUCAUGAGGAACUCAAAGCUGGCCUUUCUAAGUUUGGUUCCCACCUUGUGGAGUCUGAAGUGCAUAUGCUUGUUGAAGCUGUUGACACUAAUGGAAAAGGGACCCUAGAUUAUGGAGAAUUUUUGGCUGUAUCUCUUCAUUUACAGAGAAUGGCAAAUGAUGAGCAUCUGAGAAGGGCCUUCUCGUACUUUGACAAAGAUGGGAAUGGCUUUAUUGAGCCAAAUGAGCUUCAUGAGGCACUAGCAGAAGAUGGAGCUACUGAUAGCAUGGAAGCAGCAAAUGAUAUCUUACAAGAAGUUGACACUGACAAGGAUGGGCGAAUAAGCUAUGAUGAAUUUGUGGCGAUGAUGAAGACUGGAACAGAUUGGAGAAAGGCUUCACGGCACUAUUCGAGAGGAAGAUUUAACAGUCUGAGUGUCCGAUUAAUGAAGGAUGGAUCCUUAAACUUGGGUUGACAAACGAAUCAAUCUCCCAUGGGUGAUAUUUUCUAUAUCCUCAGUAUUUUGUCGGGCAUUGGUCAUGGGAUCCCACUUGAUUUGCUUGCUCUGUAAUUACUUGUCCCUGUUCCAUUAUCAUUGAAAGAAAAUGUGUCUAUUGUAAUCUAGAUUUCAUGAUUAUUAUAAUUCAAGAGCAAAUCUUGUGAGCUCAAUUGCAUAAUCAACUAUGAACUCGGAGUGUGAUUUGUCUAUCAUUGUAUUCUGUGU